AGGUGUCUGUGACGACGUUCGGGCAGCUGCUAUGGACAGACAUCGACUGCGUCAUGCUGGAACACUUCCAGGGCUCGUUCAAUGAGAAGGUCAUCUCCUUAUACUUCAAACUCAAAGAAUUCAAUUCCUGGUGCACCGAAAACUCGGGCGACUUCAAAGGCUUCGAUCUCACCAACACGUGGGCGCCCUACAUCACCUCAUGGCUGGCCGAAGUUCGGGCCAACUCCACCGCCAACGUGGAGCUAUUAUUAGAACAAGAGACCUGGCAACCCACAUCCAGCCUCGAGCUGCACUCGGUCUCCUCCACGCGGUUGCUCUCUCGGUACUUUGAGCUGUACUCGUUUCUGGACAAACUCGAGUGGGAGGAUCGCGAGCAGUACGCGCACUUUGUGCGGGUGUUUGCUGAGAGUGUGGCUGUGACGCUGCGUGAGUACUGUGUGCAAAGCAGUCGGUUGCUACGCUCGUUGCAUGAGAAGCGCUCGGGAUUGUUAGACUCUCUCCAACGGACGAGAGGGCACAGUGCGUCUAUGGUGGCGGGAGAGACGCCACGGUCACCCAUUCCCAAUACACAGUCGUUGCUGAUGGAUAGUCCUGGGAUGGAAAGUGAUGAUCAAGGCGACUUCUAUCGGGUAUCGCAGAAAGCCUGCGUACUACUCAAUAACAUCGAAAUGGUUAGGCAGAAGAUGCAGCAGCUGUGUUCGGCCAUGCACAUCGAUCAGGCGUUCACCCAGGCAGCUGAGCAGGCCAUGGCCAACUCUGUGUUAUCGGCACAGAGGAUAGCCAGCAUGCCUUAUAUGGACAAUGAAGACUCCAACAUCUCAGGGGCCGUUGCUGAGGGUGUCAGUCUGGAGAUGCAGAAUACUGCGUCCAUUGUGUUUAAUUCUUUGGCCAGCAUGUCCAACGCACUAGCCAUCAAGUUGUGCGCACCGUUGUAUGAGAUUUUAGUGUCGAUUGCCGCGAUGCCCUCGGGGUUCAACAAGUUCAUACACGGCAUCAGUUUCUUUGACAAGAAGUCCAACGGCCCCAGGUGUGUUCUGUGA